AUGCCACUCUGUUCCGUGGCUCCGAAACCGGAAACCGACAACACUGAAGGUCAGGCCAAUGGACUCGAGGACCACCAGCCCUCCUUUCUACAACGGAGCUUGCACCCCAUAACCUUAAAGUUUGAAGAAGUCGUCUACAAAAUAAGCUACAGUAGCAAAAGCGGCGGCCCCAAGCAGAAAACGAUUCUCAACGGGAUCUCGGGCAUAGUCUACCCGGGCGAGCUCCUUGCCAUGCUGGGCCCGUCCGGCAGCGGCAAGACCACCCUCCUCACGGCCCUCGGAGGACGCCUCAGCCUCUCCGGCAAGAUCAGCUACAACGGGCGGCCCUUCUCGGGCCCUAUCCGCCGCCGCACGGGCUUCGUAUCCCAAGAUGACGUCCUCUACCCCCACCUCACCGUCUUCGAGACCCUCCUCUUCACCGCCCUCCUCCGCCUCCCCCAGUCCCUCUCUCCCGACCACAAGGCCCGCCAGGCGGACCGCGUUGUGGCUGAGCUGGGCCUGACCCGGUGCCGCAACAGCGUGGUCGGGGGCCCGCUCCUGCGCGGGAUCUCCGGCGGGGAGCGCAAGCGGGUGAGCAUCGGGCAGGAGUUGCUGAUCGACCCGAGCUUGCUGCUGCUGGACGAGCCAACGUCGGGCCUCGACUCGACCACGGCCCACCGGAUACUGGCCACCAUCAAGGGGCUGGCGGCGGGGGGGAGAACGGUUGUCACCACCAUCCACCAGCCGUCGAGCAGGCUUUACCACAUGUUCGACAAGCUCGUGCUGCUGUCCGAGGGCCGCCCGAUCUACUACGGGACUGCGUCCACUGCGCUCGAUUACUUCUCGUCCAUUGGCUUCUCCGUGUCGGUCGCCGUCAACCCUGCCGACCUCUUGCUCGAUCUCGCCAAUGGAAUUGGACCCGAUUACGAGCAUGGUACCGACCACAAUGAAAACGUUCAAGACGUGACAUCUGUGAGAGAAACUCUCAUCUCUGCCUACGAAAAGAAUAUUUCUACGAGGCUGAAAAAUGAGCUAUGCGAUUCAGAUGUUACCAGUCACACCCAAGCAAAAGAGACCACCAUAAGAAAUGAUGCGGAAACACAAAAAUGGUGCACGACCUGGUGGCAUCAAUUCAAGAUCCUCCUCAUCCGGGGACUCAGAGAGCGAAGGUUCGAAGCCUUCAACAGGUUGAGAAUCUAUCAAGUCAUAAGCGUCGCCAUACUCGGGGGUCUACUCUGGUGGCAGACCCCAUCCUCCCACAUCGACGACCGCAUUGCCAUGCUGUUCUUCUUCUCAGUCUUCUGGGGCUUCUACCCGAUGUACAACGCCGUCUUCACCUUCCCCCAAGAGCGGGGCAUGCUCAUCAAGGAGCGCUCGUCCGGCAUGUACCGCCUCUCAUCCUACUUCCUGGCACGCACAGCUGGCGACCUCCCUAUGGAGCUUGCCCUCCCCACCGCCUUCACCUGCAUCUUCUACUGGAUGGGCGGGCUGAGGCCCGACCCAAUUGCCUUCAUCCUCUCCUUGCUCGUCGUUCUCUUCAGCGUGCUUGUCUCACAGAGCCUUGGCCUCGCGUUCGGAGCCCUGCUAAUGGACGUCAAGCAGGCUGCAACAUUAUCCUCGGUCACAACUGUCGUGUUUCUAAUUGCCGGGGGUUACUACAUAAGGCACAUCCCGGUUUUCAUCGCCUGGCUCAAGUAUGUGAGCUACAGCUACUACUGUUACAGGCUACUUCUUGGGAUUCAGUAUGGUAAGGACGACUAUUACGAGUGCGGGAAGGGGGUUUUCUGCCGAGUCUCAGAUUACCCGCCCGUGAAGGCCGUGGGUCUCGACGGGCUGUGGGUGGACGUGUCGGUCAUGAUGGUGAUGCUGUUCGGGUACCGGCUCAUGGCGUACCUGGCUCUACGCCGCGUGAGAUGA